UCUUGAUAAUCAGUCCCCAGAAAAAUAUCAGCUCAAACUGGUGGUUAGAGCUCAGGCUCUUUUCAGUGUUUAAUCCUAAUUUUAAUUCAUAAAUUUUACUUUUUAGUUAAGUAUUUGUAACAAUUAGCAUUUGCUCGCGAAUGGUAUCUCCAUCCAAGUCUCUUGUGAGUUAGAGUAAAAUAUUGCAUAUAUGAGGUGUAGAGAAGUUGUUGAAUGGUAAACAUACGUCAGAAAAAUGAAGAGAAACAGGGAUAACUGGCCGCAGGUCCUUUCUCAUCUCCAUAAAACGAGAAACUCGGAUAGAUUCAUUCCACACCGAGGAAAUAUGAAUACUGAUCUUUCAUAUUAUCAUUUGAAACAGGCAAACAAGGAACCUGAACUACCCGAGAUAUCCAGCAUUUUGUAUCAACAAACAGAAGAACUGAACAUGGAGAAUUAUCGCACAAUUCUUAGUGAAGCACUUGAAAUGCACGAUGCUCGUAUUCUUCCCAUUUUCAAACCCAAGGACCAGAAAAAAAAGGGGCGCGAAGAAAUCUGGCCCUCAUUUCCACGCUCAAAACCUUCCAUCAGAUCGUCUAUUGCAAUCCUUGAUCUUCCCCAUUUGAAGGAACACUUUUAUUUGAAUCUAAUAGAUUGGAGCUCUUCAGACUAUGUAACAGCUUCCCUCAAUCGUACUGUCUACCUAUACUAUCCCAAAACACAUGGUACAAUAAAAAUUGAAUUGGAGCACCCUGGCAUGGCUGUUAAAUGGAGUCCAGACGGCACUCGCCUCGCCAUUGGAGAGAAAUUCGGACGCCUGAAGGUGUGGGAUUUAAAACAAAAGAAAAUUGUCAGCUGCAAUAUGGCAGCCUGCUUUUUAAGAAAUUGCUCCGUAACUGCUAUUGAGUGGCAUCCAACUAAAGAUCUUAUAUUUACAGGCUGUACCAAUGGUGCUAUAAAAGUGUAUUCAUCGAGGCUGAUUUGGGAACACAUCUUCACCCCUCAUUCGAAACAGAUUGUGACUCUAACAAUUAGUUGUGAUGGGAGGUAUCUGGCAUCUUCUAGCAUGGAUGGAACCUUCGCUGUAUUUUCAACCGAAUCUAAAGUAAUUUGUGAAUGCGAAUACUUGCUAAAGGUGUCACUCAAAAAUCCCAUCAGGGCAAUGGCAUGGCAUCCAUGGAAAUCAGGGCUACUCUGUGUUGGCUCCCUGACCGGCAGCAUGAAUUUGUGGGACAUCUCAAGACUGAAGUUGGUAGCAAAAAGCAAUCCAGGCACCAAACAGGGUGACCAUCACUUUCUGUUCAAUAUGACGUUUAACAAAUUAACGGGCGAGCUAGUCACCAGUCAUUUGAUCCAAACUACAGACGACUUGGACGCUGAGUGGGGACAUACACAAAUCAAUGUUCUCUCUUCUUUCGAUAGGGUCGUUGAUCGAAUGAGGGGCCAUGUCGGAUCGGUGCUUUAUUUGAAGUGGAAUCCUGACUGCACACAGCUUGCAACUGCAGGAGUGGAUGAAACUUUACAACUGUGGAAUUUCAUGCCAAAAAAGGAGCAACAACAAAAACAGGAGAAAAAAAGUAAAUCUGCAAGAGUUGUUUCUUCUUUUGGCAAUUCAAUUACCAUCCGGUAGUCUGUCAUUCUCUUCGAUUCUUUUUACCCGUUUUCUUUUUUUUCUUCUCUAGAGUUCAGCGUAGAACUAAAAUUUCCGUUUUACAAAAUCCCAUAAGAACCUUUUCAGUAACUAAAAUUGUAUUUUGUGAUCUUAUGGAUGGAUUGAGCGAGUAGCUACAUUUUAAUAGUCAUAAUGUCGUCAAUUUAACCCUGUGAUAGAGUAAAACUCUGAUGUUAUUUGUUUGCAGUUUUAAAAUUUUUGGUUUUUUAUUUUUAUACUUCGGAUUCUACUUUCAUUAGAGCAAAAAAGGUUAAGUGAUAAGGCCAUAAUUUUGUGAAUCAUCAUUGCAAAUGACAAAGUCAUGCUAUAGGCCUUGUUUUCGCUGGGCAUUUUUAUUUGUUGUGUUGCUACAACAACUCACAUGCAUGAAUGAAUAAUUAAUUUUGGGUAUCUCAUGAAGAGUGAUUGCCUUAACCUACAGUUCUACCAGUAACUCUCAGGAAUCUUACAUUAUGUUUUUUUCCCGGUUUAUUUCAUUUUUGCCCAAGAAUUUGUUGGGUCUUCUUCACAAUUUUUAUGGCAAUUAUGCAAGAAUGCCCGGUGGAGGCAAGGCAGUAUGUACGUAACUAUAACGGCUGCAAACUUCAACCAAAAAAAUUACUGAGAGAGAGAGAGAUGAUUUUUUGAUUUUUGCAUCUUCGGUACAUAUCUCAGGAAAAUGAAAAGAAAUUAAAAAAAGAAUGCACUAAGAGUAUGUGAUCGACUCGGUUUACUUUUCCUUUUCCUGUUUUUAGCAUCUCUGACUUGACAGGGAAGGUUUUGAACUAAUACAGGAGCAUGUGAUGUUUUCUGCAAUUUUAAUGAAAUGUGAUUUUAGCUUUUAAGACUUUAGAUUUAUCCUCCGUUUUAAUAUUCCUAAUUUUUAUGCUCACAUAAAUAAGUUCGAAGGCUUUCAUCUCAGUGAUAAAAAUUAAAAUUUUGCUUCUAGACUCUUCACAUAUAAAUAAAUGAACCAAGAUUUUUUCUAAAAUGUGAGCCCGGGAUGCAAUGAAAUUUCUUCCUUUAUAAUUGUUACCAAAAUUUUUCCAAAAAACUACCCUCUUGUUUCUAGGUAUAUAGAUAUUUUUGCCUGACAGUUUCAGGAAAACUUUUUACUUCUAGUUUCCAUUUCCUUCAGGGAGUAAUAAAUUUUAAUAUUUGUUGA